AUGAGAUUCCGUCUCUGGGGAGAAAGUCAAGGGCUCGGUAGCUCCCCCCGCAAGCCCUCGAAAAAUAGCACCAUUUAUCUCCCAGAGGUACAAGACUUGAUCUUUCAAAGGCUGGGACACGUAAUUCAGCUGUUCGAGAAGCAAUUUCACACCAUCGACGCGCAGGUGGUCUCGCACAAGCCCAAGAUCUGCCGGUCAGACAAUGUUACCCCUCUGACCUUAUCGAUCGUCUUGGAUGCCAAACGCAAUCUGGAGCAUCUGAUUGCAGAGGCGGAUUCACGAACCAGAAUUCUCACCAAGUCUCUCUGGUCAACGCAGAAGGAGUCGGAUUUGCUUGCUAUAGUAACGGAUCUGAUGGCUGUGAAUAAUGAUCUGGGGCGUCUGAUACUACCGAACGAAGCCGAUGCUCUCGCUCACAGCCUGACUGGAGAAAUGCUCAGUGCCACACCGAACCUACCACCGUUGUAUGAGUAUUCAUUCGGCCCGUGCAGCUCCAAGACAACUGAGAUCAUUCGGCUGCGUCAGCUGGACAAAGUGUGCUUCCCCAAGGCACCUGACCCAAAGGUUCAGGCAAUUUUCGACGCUGCAUCCGCGCACUGGAACAUUCCCAUCUCAGCAUUGGAUAAAUGUAUUGAUGGGAUCGACGUCAAGAAUAUUGCAUCUUUUGACGGCAAGAUUUGGGAUGGAUCGGAUGUGCGAUCCUCCUAUAUUUACACCCCCCCGGGCGAUGACCCCAAGCAGAUCGUGUUGGUUGAAUGGCACCUUCAAGCUGAAUGCCUCAUCAGCCACGCGCUCGCGAAACGGUGCCAACAUCUGGCGAGUCUUCUCCAUCGUACCGCGGCAGCAGAUGACGACUUCCGCGUUCUACUCUGUCUGGGCUCUAUCCUGACCAAAGCCUGGCACGACGGAAAGCAGUAUCCCCUGGUGGGCAUAGUUUACGAGAAGCCCCAGGAUGCGACCUUUUCGACCCGGACACUCACUCUCGCAGAGGCCCUGCGUAAUGGCUCUGUGCCAAAUCUGAAUGAACGGUUUCGUCUCGCCCAGCAGAUUUCCCUCGGAGUUUACCAACUACACUGUGCGGGCUGGAUCCACCGCCGGCUCUCUGGCAACAAUAUUCUGAUCUUCAGUCGGUCUGAUGGGAAGUACGACGUGACCCGACCGUACAUUGGUGGCUGGCAGUAUGUCCGAUCGGAUUUUGACCCUGCGAGCAAGUCCGAGUGGAAUGUUGUAAGCUGUCCGCACGUGCUGGAUUCGGCAGCGUACAUUCAUCCGGACCGGCUGAAGGAGGACGCGAAUAUUGCGCAGCUGCAGAAGAUUGAUGAUAUCUACAGCCUAGGGGUACUUCUCAUCGAGAUUGCCGUGUGGAACGGAGCGCAGUGCGUGGCUGAUCCGAAGAAAGCGAUGGUUACGGGCAGGGAGUGUAGAUUGAGCAAUCAUCGGCAGUGGUGCCAGGCGUUGUGGGAGACGUCCAAAAACGGAAUUGGAGCGAUAAUGGGGGCCUACUAUUGCACGGCCGUGGCGAGCUGCUUGGGAAGACUGGACUAUACAGAUGAGAAUGAUGAGAGCCUAGAUGAGAAUAUCCAGAAUGGAAAUGACCUAGAGGAGGGUAUUGAAAAGUGGUUCUUCUACCGGGUCGUUGACAAGUUGAGAGAGAUGCCAAUGGAUGCCAAUGUUAGAGUAGAAUAA